AUGGCUAGCGGCUCCCUACUUGAGGACCCAUCGCUCCAGGCACGGCUUCAUCAAUCCAUUCCUCUCCUCGACGGUCGUACCCUGGGCUUCGCUGAAUUUGGCUCAACCAGUGAGAAUGCCACUCCACUUUUCGCUUUCAUGGCCUUCCCGGAUCUCGAUUUGAGUCUGCAUCAUUUCAUCAUGCCGCGCGGCCCCUAUGCUCUUGCCUGUGCUCGUGAAUUGCCAGACACAGAAUUGCUGGGGGUGGGAGUUGUGUCGGGCAUGGGUCCUUGGCGGUUGGGCACCACAGGUGCGACAUUGGAUCUGCGACUUCUGCUCAAUUGCCUUGCGUAUGCACCCUGGCUAGCUCGCAUUAUGCUGAAUGCCGUAUUUGGCGAGAUGGUCAAGGGCUCGGAUCCAGUCAAGAUGAGGGAGGUCGUGGUUGGUGCCACGAAGCGCAUGAAGCCUGCUGAUCGGGAGUUCUGUGAGACACCUGAAAGCUUACAUCUCCUGCAGGCAUCCCUCAAAGAGAGCUUUCGACAUGGUGUAGAUGCCACAGUGGACGAAGGCCGAGUCUUGACGUCGGACUGGGGAUUCGAGCUGGACCAAAUCCACUUGAGGAAUAUUCGCUUGUGGUAUGGUACGGAGGACUAUAACACCCCUGUAACGUUGGGGCGCUACAUGGCUGAACAGAUACCUCACGCCAUCUUGAAAGAAUACAUGGGGGACUCGCACUUUACUAUACAUAGUCACGCCACUGAAAUUCUCAGGGACUUGGUGGCGUCUGAGUGA